AUGAGACCACCCAGGGCCCUGCUCAGAGAAUGUUGCCUCUGCGGUCACAACGCCUACAACUCGAUCAUCCGGACAAGAACGUUAUCAAUACAAAUCAUGGAUACAUAUUGUACAUCAUCCGUCUGGCUCGGGAUUCAAGGAACAACAAGUCGGCAAAACUUCGGAAACUGGAUAGAGCUCAUCCCGGCUCAAAUGGUGGUUCUCGCUGUUCAGAUUAUCUGGGCACAGAUUGCACAUCAACAUGAUGUGAUUCGCCUUUCGAUUAUGGAUGGAGUUGGAUUUCGGCCUACCCAUACUCAUUCAGGUUUGGUAAUCAAAGAGUUGACGGGUGAUAUGCAACUCACCAAGGCUGCCGAGGAGUGGGACGUAGUGACAAGGAAAACCUCUGGCGAGAAUGAUCUUGUCCCGGACGUUACAACAAGUUGCAUCGUCACAGUCCUUGAUUUGGAUAGUUGGAAUUUCAGCUACUUGAAUUAUAUACAUGUACCCGACUUCUUAAGAGUCAAUUCAAUCAGGUUUGCUCUAUUUCAAAUUGAGUUUAAUUCAAGCUUUUGUCUUGUUCCAUUAGAACAACAAUCUAUUGGAGGAAGAAGUAAAACAACUUCUAGUGUGUCUACAACCAAUUUGGAUUUAGCUGCGUUCGAAAAGGUUUCGACUCCAGUUAAAGAAAAUCAUCAAGUGAUGGUCUUUGUGCAUGCACGUAAAGAAACUGUCAAAACCUCUCAAAGGUUGAUAGACAAGUUUGUUGAUGAAAGUUUGCUCCGAUAUUUCGAUUCAAGUGAACAUCCAAAACAUGAUUCUUCAAAACGUGACUUGACUGGUUCCAGGAAUAAAGAAAUGAAACAAAUUGUCAAGCAUGGACUUGGCGUGGUUCACCCAAACACAAAGCAACGCCAGCAUUUACGCGUCCCGGCAAGGAGUACCAGGAGAACGCUACAUCAUUCUUCAAUAUGGCCGAAUACUGGUUCAGGAAACGCGAAUGCAACCAGCAUUGAAACUCCCACCUUGGUUUACAGACCGACUGAACUCGAGGCAUUGGCUCUCAAGCUCAAAGACCCCACGGGUGAUAUGAAGACCAAGAUUCAUCUGGCGAUUGAGCUACAUGAGACGAUCAGCUUUCACCAGAGAGACAAGGAACUUAGCAAACAUCUCGAGGUCGUCGUCACUGCUGCAGUCGGAAUUCUCACACACACCGAACCUGCAUUUGUUAACACUACUUGGGAUUAUAAAUUUCGUUACCUUCUGCUUGAUACACUAGCUCGCAUGCCAAUGCAUGAACAUAUGAAACCUCACGCGUUAUCUGUAAUGAGCUUGUUGAUUCAGCUUAGCCGAUCAGAUAAUGCCAAAUCAGCCAACACCUGCUUCAAACUUGGUGUUGAUCUAUAUCGAUCCUUCAAGACCAUCCUCGAGCCAACUACCACGCCUUUUUUCAACACGAUCAUUGAAAUGUACAACAUGGCGGCACCAACUUGUCUCUACUUUCAAAAGCAUGAUCAAAGGUACAAAGGCAAAUUCGAUGACGAGGGCAGUGUUCGGGACGCCAAAUGCUCCUGGACGCAUGAACCCCGAAUAAAUUUCAUCAGAGUGAUACCAGGAAUGAAAUAUUUCAAAGCACUACAGGAAUGUCCAUUUGCGGUAGUUUUCCUUCUGCAAACCUACAAGAUUAUGGUUCAAAAUAGUCUGGCAAGCUUUUUGCCAGUCAUCUUCAAAUUUAUCAAAACUUCACCUUUGCCACAAGUACAAUGGCACGAAAUCAUUGCCGAAGGUGGGCAGGGUACGUUUGUUGGUAUUGCUCCGGCAAUCAUCAAAGCCGGGAAACGUACUCCUUACAAUGAUCUGGUCGUCGCACAGAUCAUGUCGUUCAUAGCAUAUGUUUUGAGGGCGCAACCACCAGUCGUCCAACCGUUCGCGCCUGAUAUCCCGGUGAUUGUAAUUAGAAUGUUGAAGAACAUCCCACCAGAAUCAUCACCUUCUCGUCGCGAACUUAUCAUCGCAGCCCGUCAUAUUCUCGGGAAUGAAACCCGGUCUUACUUUCUACCGUACCUGAACGGCUUAUUUGAUCAUCGCAUCUUCAUAAGAACUGGUGUUACCUCUUUGAGAGCCUACGACAUCUGGUAUACAGCACCACUGCAACAUCUGGUAUACAGCACCACUACGACAUCUGAUGACCUCAAGCCAGUUCAAAUCAAUUCAGUGUUGAUAGACUUCAUGAACGUCGUCCACGAUCCUACUACUACGAGUACCACACAAGCGAUGGCCAGCAAAGCGAUCUUAACUCUAGUCGAAUAUGUUGGCUCACAUAGAUUCGAACCACAGGAAGCUAAGGCAAUGGCCGAAACCCGUACAGGUCAGUUGGCAACCUCGAUUUCACGACGUCAGCAACAACUGGUCAACUUGACAUCCAAGGACGUGCUCAUGAAGAUGGCAGACAAGGGCAAACGGAAGGACAAUCUAGAUGUGGCGGAUAUAACGGAUUAUGAUCGAGCACUGUCAUCGCUGAACAAUAGGGAACGAACUGAUUUGGACCGAAUGAUGAUUGAAAGGAGCAAAAUGCCGCGGUGUCUUAUGCCUAUUGUCGAGCCGUCGCCAGAACAAUCCAAAGCAAUUUUGCAAUCUCGACGGACCAUCAUUCGGGUUUGCAUCACCAGUUCCACCGUUAUCGUCAAUAAUUUGAAGAAGAUGAAGGCUCCGCUACCCAAUGCUGCACUCUUGGGCCAGUUCUUGAUUGCGGGCCUACAAUGCCUUACUACAUAUGAUUAUCAACGUGAAUUGAAGGAGGUCAAAGAGAUAGUUGACACCUCCAUUCAUAUCUUUACUCAAAUUCAUAUCAUCCUUUUAACCGAAAUUGUUGAACUCAACAUCAAAGCUACCGUCAAUGAACUCCGAAAUAACACCGAUUUCAUGGCCUUCCCUCAAUACCUACUUGCGAACUCAGUAUUGACUAAAACAUUCAUUCAUGAUGAGUUGAUAUUGCCACCCCACCUUAGUGAGCUCAUCAUGGAGUCAUUAAGCUUGGCUUGUCAAUGCAAUGAACCAGGCCAGUAUUAUUCAGUCUUACGAGCCUGUUUCGGGGGCUUAUUCAAGGCAACUCGCGUAGCAGACAUCGCUGACGAUGCACGACAGCACCUGUACUCACUGACGCUCACGGACGUGGUUAUGGAUGCAUUGUUAGACAACCUCACUGCUGCUAUUGAUAAGCAACAUUUUUCGUCCGCCUCUCAGUUCACACUGGAAGUUCUCAAGGAGCUCUUUGAGAGACCCAAGAAAUCCCCACCUCCCCGAGACGAAGUGAUGUUGCUAGCGAAGCGUACUCUGUGUGUGAAGGCCAGCUCUUCUUGCUACGACCACUCUUGGCCUCGAAAAUGUGCCGGUCACGAGAUCCUUUCGCCUCUGAUAAACGAUUUGGACUUGGAAAUGUCGUUGAUAUUGAAUACGCUCCCAGAUUCGGGCCCAACAGAUUUUUGCCCGCGAUGA